GCGUGCGGGGGGCGGGGCAAAGGAACGCGGGCAGCGCAGCCGCGUCCGAGGGGCGCCGCGGGGUCCUCCCGCGGCCGCAGACCCCGGGCGCGGUGCAGUCUGGGGGAACAUGGCCGCUUCCGGUCUCCCUCCCGGGCCGGCGCUGGCCUGACUGCGGCCCCUACCCGGCGCACUCCGCCCUUCGCUCCUCCCGCCUGGCAGUCGCGGAGUCCCUUCAGCCUUUCGCUCUCGUAGCCCCGGCCGUGCCAUGGAGAAGAGCUCAAGCUGCGAGAGUCUGGGCUCCCAGCCCUUGGCGGCUCGGCCGCCCAGCGUGGACUCCCUGUCCAGUUAAUGUGUUAAGAGCCAUUGACAUUUGAAGAUCAUCAGAAGUGAAGAUAAAACAUCUCAAAAAUUAUAAUUGCCUCCACUUCUCAUUCAGAGAAUUCAGUGCAUACAAAGUCAGCUUCAGUUGUAUCAUCAGAUUCCAUUUCAACUUCUGCAGAGAACUUUUCUCCUGAUUUGAGGGUCCUGAGGGAGUCUAACAAAUUAGCAGAAAUGGAAGAACCACCCUUGCUUCCAGGAGAAAAUAUUAAAGACAUGGGUCUGUAAUGCCAAAGAUGUAACUUACAUCUGUCCAUUUACUGGUGCUGUACGAGGAACUCUGACUGUCACGAAUUACAGGUUAUAUUUCAAAAGUAUGGAACGGGACCCACCAUUUGUUUUAGAUGCUUCUCUUGGUGUUAUAAGUAGAGUAGAAAAAAUUGGUGGUGCUUCUAGUCGAGGUGAAAAUUCAUAUGGACUGGAAACUGUGUGCAAGGAUAUUAGGAAUUUACGAUUUGCUCAUAAACCUGAGGGGCGAACAAGAAGAUCCAUAUUUGAGAAUCUAAUGAAAUAUGCAUUUCCUGUCUCUAAUAACCUGCCUCUUUUUGCUUUUGAAUAUAAAGAAGUAUUCCCUGAAAAUGGGUGGAAGCUAUAUGAUCCUCUUUUAGAGUAUAGAAGGCAGGGAAUUCCAAAUGAAAGCUGGAGAAUAACAAAGAUAAAUGAACGAUAUGAGCUUUGUGAUACAUACCCUGCCCUGUUGGUUGUACCAGCAAAUAUUCCUGAUGAAGAAUUAAAGAGAGUGGCAUCCUUUAGGUCAAGGGGCCGCAUCCCAGUUUUAUCAUGGAUUCAUCCUGAAAGUCAAGCCACAAUCACUCGAUGUAGCCAGCCCAUGGUAGGAGUGAGUGGGAAGCGAAGCAAAGAUGAUGAAAAAUACCUUCAAGCCAUCAUGGAUUCCAAUGCCCAAUCUCACAAAAUCUUUAUAUUUGAUGCUCGACCAAGUGUCAAUGCUGUUGCCAAUAAGGCAAAGGGUGGAGGUUAUGAAAGUGAAGAUGCUUAUCAAAAUGCAGAACUAGUUUUUCUGGAUAUCCACAAUAUUCACGUCAUGAGAGAAUCAUUACGAAAACUUAAAGAGAUUGUGUACCCCAACAUUGAGGAAACUCACUGGCUGUCUAACUUGGAAUCUACUCACUGGCUAGAACAUAUAAAGCUUAUUCUUGCAGGGGCUCUUCGGAUUGCUGAUAAGGUAGAGUCAGGGAAGACGUCUGUGGUGGUGCACUGCAGUGACGGCUGGGAUCGCACGGCUCAGCUAACUUCCCUAGCCAUGCUUAUGUUGGAUGGGUACUAUCGCACAAUUCGAGGAUUUGAAAUCCUUGUGGAGAAAGAGUGGCUAAGCUUUGGACACAGAUUUCAACUAAGAGUUGGCCAUGGUGAUAAGAACCAUGCAGAUGCGGAAAGAUCACCUGUUUUCCUUCAGUUUAUUGACUCUGUGUGGCAAAUGACAAGACAGUUUCCUACUGCAUUUGAAUUCAAUGAAUACUUUCUCAUUACCAUUUUGGACCACUUAUACAGCUGCUUGUUUGGAACAUUCCUCUGUAACAGUGAACAGCAGAGAGGAAAAGAGAAUCUUCCUAAAAGGACUGUGUCACUGUGGUCUUACAUAAAUAGCCAGCUGGAAGACUUCACUAAUCCUCUCUAUGGGAGUUAUUCCAAUCAUGUUCUUUAUCCAGUAGCCAGCAUGCGCCACCUAGAGCUCUGGGUGGGGUAUUACAUAAGGUGGAAUCCACGGAUGAAACCACAGGAACCUAUUCACAACAGAUAUAAAGAACUUCUUGCUAAACGAGCAGAGCUUCAGAAAAAAGUAGAGGAACUACAGAGAGAAAUUUCCAACCGGUCAACCUCAUCAUCAGAGAGAGCCAGCUCUCCUGCACAAUGUGUCACUCCUGUCCAGACUGUUGUGUGAAAGGACUGUUAGACUGGGGGCAUCAUUGAUAUGAACUCUUCAUUACACUGGCAGCUUUAUGAGUUAAAAGUAUCCCUAUUUUGAACCCAUCUAUGAGAGAAAAGUACAGAUGCUUUAUUUAUUUAAAGUCUCUCUAGGAUGAGUUUAGAACUAUAGCAAUGUGGGUGGCUUAAGAGAAACAAUUCCAUAUGAAAUUAUGUGUUUCUGACACUAAUCUAAAGUCACCCAAAGAAUAGUAAAAUACUUCAAUCCUGCAUCCACAGUGGGAACAAGUGUCUAAUUUUAAAAGAAAAAUGUCUUAAAAACUGGCAUCUGGUACAAGUACAGACUACUUUAGAAAUGCACCUCUUAAUGAGAGAAAGCUUAUUGCACAGAGGAACAAGUUUUCAAACCAAAUCAACACUGAAUUUCUGUGGCCUCAUCUAUAAUUGGGCCUUCAUGUAUGACAGAUCAAAACCAUUUAACACCCUUUCCCCCAUCAUGGGCUUUUCUUUCAUGUAGUAACUGAUUUACCUUGAUCACCUUUCACCCUUCAUUCUUAAUACAGUGAAAGGCAAAGCAUAGUGUGGCAGUAGUUGAAAACUGCUGCUGACAUUAUUUAUAUACUUAAUUAGGGUAUUCUAGUGUUCCAAAAUGAUGCCUUAGAGAUAUACUUAGGGGACCAUAAGAAGACAAAGUGGUAGCCAUUUAGGAGUUCAAAGACUUCUAUAACAUUCAGAUUAAUUUCCAUUUUUUCCAGUUAAAAGAAACAUUUUACCCCUUUUUGUUAAAGCUAGUUGGCAAGUUUUAAGGCAAUACUUUAAAAUCUUAAAAGAUUUUUUUGAAGUCUGUAUAAGUAGCAUAUGGUGAGAAGUACAAUGCUCAAAUUUUAUACAAACUACUUCACUACUUUAUUCCACUGAAUUAAGUCUACCAAAGAACACACCGCAUGUAAAAGUGAUUUACAAUCUCAAUGCCAGUAAAAGAAAUCUUGCUUCACUGCUUGCCUGAGAGUUUGGUGCUGGUAUGGACUCUGAUGACUAUUUUACUCUAUAUGAGAGCCAUAUGUAAUGUACUGUAACAAAGAAGCUUCUGGUCCCUUGGUCUUUUAAUUAAAAGAAAUUUCAAUUAAUUUUAAACUUUGUUCUUGUCGAAAGUCAUUUAUGUUAUAGGUCUUUGUAUGUAUGACUGACCACAUGGGCAUGCAGAGCUAUUUCUUGGAUUUUUUUCCCCCCCAAGAAGUACCCAGUGCAGGCAGAAAUGUUCAAUUUUUUAUCAAAUACCCAAAUGAACCAAACUAGUUUUUCCACUCAUGAAUUCACAAUAGUCUGAAUCCUAGCCUUAUUGUUGGUCUUAGAAUUGAGGAAAUAGUUUCUAUUAGUACAUCCAAUAUUAGCAAAAUUGGUACCAAGUGGAUUUGAUCAUGUGAAAUUUGUUAUAUGAGAAGAAAUUUAACAGGUAUUUAAAUGGCCAAUCAGUAUUAAAGCUCUACUGCAAACUCUCAGAUAAGAAAACUGAAGUAGUAUUUUGUUUUCAGUUCUCACCUGAGAAUAUAAAAAACUGGAGGUUACAGUUUGAAUCCCAGCUGAAGGAUGGGGUGAGAUUUAGCAUUAUUUAAUCACUCUUCUCCUAAUUAGGAUUUGUAUUUACUACCAUUCAAAUGAUGGCUAUACAAUUUAAUGACCUGAAAUUCAAACAAAAAGAUAACAAAAGUUUAAUAGUUGAAAUGGUGAUUGAGACACAAGAAAUAUUUACCAUGUCACCAGAGCAAUUUCUCACCUUCCUUGUUUUUAUGAACUCACUGUUGUGACUUCAAUGACUUUGGAAGCCUGCUCAUCAGAAAAUUGCACAUACAAGCAAACGUUUACAUACAAUUUCAGGAUAUUCACAAAUAAGGUAUUUAGGACGCUAAGAAAUCCAAAUGCAGAAAAAUUAAUUCAAUAAGAGACUUGAUAAGCCUAAUGCUCAGGUACCUAGAAUAAGUCAUGCUAUCUAGGUAUAAUCCUUAACCUCCAUUUCAAUUCAAGGAGAGGUAUAUGAAAACAAUUCCCUUAAUAUGUGGUUAACAUGUUCAUUAGCCCUUUUAGAGUAUCUUACAUACCAUGAGGCAAUUCAGUCUUGUUGGGCUUAGUUCUUUGUGUGAGCAUUAAAAUGGCAAAUAGGUACUGAAUACUAUAUGUUCUUAUAAUCAAGAUACUAAUGUCCUAUUUUGAAAUGCAUUUUUGAGUUUACAAUAAAGCCUUUGUAAACAGGCUGUUAAGGAUUAAGUUUCAGUGUUUCCUUAAAAAAGCUUACUUUAUUGACUUGAGUGGCAAAUUUAUAAAAAGGUAACAUCUUGAUCUAUUCAAAAUUAUAAUUUACAUCAUUAACAUGAAAAUUUUGUGUGUACAGUUAUUUUGCUUAUACUGUACAGCAAAAAGAAAGCAAAUAUUCAAGGAGUUCUCCAGGUUUCAAGAUUUAAAAACACCACAAUACCUUGACUGAAUAACAUGAUUACAAACAGGUACCAUAUAAAAACUGCAAAUGUGUAUGCUUCACAUCUCCCUUCUCUCUCAUUCUAACUUUAUUCAAAAAUCUCUUUUAUUAAUAAUUAGUUUACACUUUAAAAAAUGCUUUUAUACAUUUUACAGGUAGUUAGCUUAAAAUGAUUGCUUGGGUCUUUAAAAAAAAAAAAACUAACAGUGGAUUAAAAA